AUGGAUCAAACAGCAUGUUUGAGGGCUUUGAUUGACAGAGAGUGUGAGACUUCUACAGUCACUCCAACGUUUAAGAAACGACGACGAUCAAGUCAAAGUGAGAAUGAAAUUAAUUCUGACACUGUUAGUGCUGGAACGACACGAUCACGUAAUCGACGGAGUGUGACGCAUGAAAUUCGGCAGCUGCGAGCACAAGUGGCCGCAAUGGAAAGUGAACUCCAGCGACUACAAUAUAAGUGGAAAACACAGCUGCCUAGUCUAUGGACACGACGAGCAGCUCAGCACUCGGCUCGAACAAAGUACGAGGUAGCACAAACAGAAGACGUACGCUCUGGACUGGAAGAACUCUUUCUUCAUCAACAGCUCAUGUUUGCAAGUCUUCAAGCGACUAUUUUACAUGGACCACUGAGUUCUAAUUGGGAAGAAAUUGUUGAAGGAUUGCAUUUUGAAACGAAACUGGGAGAGAAUGAAAUUGAGCGUAAGAAGGAGUUGUUUGCACAUUACAAACGAUCACUGAAGACUAUUCCGUCGCAUGUUGAUAGAAUUGCGCAAGCGGCAAUUGACAAAGUCCUUGCUCGUAGAAGCAAGGAUGACUUGACGAAACCAGUGACACCACUGUCGCAGAUUGACGUCACGGGCUUGAAAGAUAGCUCCCUCAUUUCGAGUGUAUUUGUUUCAGAAAUUCCGAAUACGACACUUGAGGAGGUUUAUGAAGCCAUUCUCGUGUCGUUUUUUGGAAACAUUCCGGCGUUACUCAAGCGUCACUUUGGCAUUCAUGCGACUCGCAAGAAGCUUGAUUGUAUGGACGCUUCAAUGCAGUAUUGGCGCCUCUCCAUCGAUGGAAAGGUGAUUCCGUCAACAGCCAAUAACGUAUUGUGUGCACAGCUUACACCGACGCAUGGUAUAAUUCAUGUUGACGCCAUCGUUAGUGAUCCGUUGCAUCCUCUUCCGUAUACCAAUCUCGUCAAGUAUAAAAUCUGUGGUUUGACCGUUACACCGCAAAAAGAAUCGGAGACGGGAAAGCCUUCGGGGGUGACACUGAAGUGGAUAGCUUUGUACCAAUACAAUCUGCUACCAGAUGAUCCCGUACUUUUGAUGGAUUUACGCGUCAUUCGACCCAUUCUCAACGGGGACCUUAUCACAUCCUCCGUGUGCGAGUAUCUGAGAAAUAAGCAGCAGUCAAGUUCUUAA